GAACGCUGCACAUCACACUCUUCUCUGCCCUCCACGGACCCCCCCACACCCUUCACUCCCCCUCAACCCUCCAGUACACCUGUCUGGAGGCAGCAUUUCUAAACCUGAAGCCCAGGUGAGCUCAGCACACACGGAGUAUGGACUCACUACGCCUGCCACAGCCAGUGGCUGCUCAAAACAAAUGCAGGGAAGACCCCAAUGAGAGCCAUGAAAAUGAAAGCAAAGAGGUGAAAGGGAGUCCUGCACACUCCACUGUGGCUUUGAUUGAGGAGGAGCUGGAGAACACAGACCCAUGGGACCUGCCAGAGCUGAAGGACACAGGGGUCCCAUGGUCAGCUCUGGAUACCAGAGGAAAGGUGUUGAGAGUGUUGGUGUCGGUGGGGAAGUUUAUCCUGCUGCUGGGUUUCCUCUACAUGUUCAUCUGCUCUCUCGACAUCCUCAGCUCAGCUUUCCAGCUUGUUGGAGGUAAAGCAGCAGGUGACAUCUUUCAGGACAACUCAGUUUUAGCCAACCCUCUGGCUGGUCUGGUCAUCGGUGUUCUGGUCACCCUGUUGGUCCAGAGCUCAUCCACUUCCUCCUCCAUAGUUGUCAGCAUGGUGUCCUCUGGAUUGCUAACGGUCCAGCUGGCUGUUCCCAUCAUCAUGGGCACCAACAUCGGCACUUCUGUCACCAACACGCUGGUCGCCAUGACGCAGGCUGGUGACCGCAGAACCUUUCGCAGGGCUUUCGCAGGAGCCACAGUGCACGACUUCUUCAACUGGCUCUCAGUGCUGGUGCUGCUGCCACUGGAGGUCGCCAGUGGUUAUUUGUACGAGGUCACCAAGCUCAUCAUCGACUCCUUUAAUAUUCAGAGUGGAGAGGCCCCGGAACUGUUGAAUGUGAUCACUGAUCCCCUCACUGAGUCAAUUAUACAGUUGGAUGAGUCUGUCAUUAGUGGGAUUGCCAUCGGAGACCCAGAAGCUAGAAAUAAGAGUCUCAUCAAGAAAUGGUGCCAUACUUUCACCAACACAACCUUAAUGAACGUUACAGUUCCUGGUCCAGAGAACUGCACAUCUCCGUCUCUCUGCUGGGUUGAUGGCAACUACACCUUCACACUGAAGAACAUUUCUGAAACAUACAAUAUCCAGAAAUGUAAGCAUGCCUUUGUGAAUGUAAAUCUGCCGGAUCUAGCAAUAGGUCUGAUCCUGCUGGCUCUUUCUCUGCUGGUGCUCUGUUCCUGCCUGGUCCUCAUUGUGAAACUGCUAAACUCCAUGCUGAAGGGACAAGUGGCUGCAGUCAUCAAGAAAAUCCUUAACACUGAUUUCCCGUUUCCAUUUGGUUGGGUCACAGGUUACAUUGCCAUUUUAGUUGGAGCAGGAAUGACCUUCAUUGUGCAGAGCAGUUCGGUUUUCACUUCUGCUAUUACUCCACUUGUUGGUAUUGGUGUCAUCAGCAUAGAAAGAGCAUACCCAUUGUCUCUGGGUUCAAAUAUCGGCACAACCACCACCGCCAUCCUGGCAGCUAUGGCUAGUCCUGGAGACACACUGGCUGAUGCUCUACAGAUUGCCCUCGUGCACUUCCUGUUCAACAUCUCUGGCAUCCUUCUGUGGUAUCCAAUCCCCUUCACCCGCAUCCCCAUCCGGCUGGCUAAAGGCCUGGGCGACAUCACCGCUUCCUACCGCUGGUUUGCUGCUGUCUACAUCAUCUGCUGCUUCUUCAUUUUACCACUCUUAGUCUUCAGCCUGUCGCUGGCUGGCUGGCAGGUACUGGUAGGCGUGGGUGCACCUCUGGUCCUCAUGGUUAUCAUCAUCAUAGUGAUCAACGUACUGCAGAAGCGGAGACCCGGGUGUCUGCCUGCAGCCCUGCGAUCCUGGGACUUCCUGCCUCUCUGGGCCCACUCUCUGGCUCCCUGGGACAAAGUGGUUGCCGUGAUGACAGCCAAAUGCUGUUGCUGCUGCAAAUGCUGCCAGGUUGCUGCUGACAACCAGGAACACGGAGAGAAAGAAUCUGUGGAACAGAACAAGAAAGCACACACAGAGGUGUAUGAUAACCCUGCAAUGAGUGCAGAGAAGGAGGUAGAAAAUGAGAUAAAGAUAGAGCUGAAGAUUCUGAAAAUGACCCGGCUUUGAGAUUGAGAUUUGAGAUGUGUGACGGUGGAAAGAAUUGCAUUGGUCAAGGCACAAACACAUUUAGGCACAACUUUCAAAUUUCCAUCAUAUUUAUGUUAUUAUUUUUAUUAGAUCCUUUAGUGUGACAUAGGAAAUGGUUAUAUAGAGAACACCAACUUUCAGCGUAUCAAGAGCCAGACAAAGAAAAUACAACAUGCAGGAAAAUGUUGAUCUUUUAGCUGUAUGGUUCUAACUGAAGUUGCCUUUAAAGGAUAAGGCUAACAAUAUUCUUUAUUGUCAACAAAUCCCAUGGAAACCAAAAUCCCAAAAUAACAAUGCAUCGGUCUCUUAUCUCUAAUCUCUCAGUACUUUCUGAUUUUCUUACUGUGGCUUUCAGCUUCAAACCAAUUGGCUCCUGCUGAAGAUGUAAAUCUUAAAAACGCCUCACAAUAUAUAGUUUUUAUAGUUUAAAUUUCAAAAAUAUUUACAAAAACAGCCAGGUGCUGUAGUUUUCAUUACUUGAACAGAAGGAAAUAGUGCAUUUGUUGGGGAUUAUUUUAAAUUAUUUAUACAGAUUAACACUAUUCUAGUGAGUAUUUCUGGGAUUGAGAAAUUAUUAAUCUAUUAUUUUAUGUUUAUUGUUCAGUACUAAGACAGAGAAUUGCACAGGUGUAUUUAAUAAGAUAUUGUUUAUUAAUCGCAACCAAAGUAAAUUAUUUUUGGUAACGUUACCCAGCAUCACUAAUUAGCAAAUGUCGGUGUGCUAACACUCUAAACCCGUGAACAUAGUAAACAUCAACGACAUGAUGUUAGCAAAUGUUACCAUUAUCAUUAUGAACAUGUUUGAAAGCUAAUGUUAGCAUUUCUCUCAAACCACCAUGCUGCUAGCAAAAAAAAAGUCUUAGACAACAGUAGAGCUGUUUCUCACUGAGGAAUAAUCAGGCUUUGUCUAGAUAGUUUUAGUUAGGAUCAAUUGAUUGUUAUAUUUGGUCUUUUAAUGGAAUUUGUGGACAAUGAUAGAAAUAUAUCACCAGUCUUAUCCUCUAAUUUUUGAGUUUCUAAGUUUAGCUCUGAUUGGCUGAACAAAGUGCCACUUAUAUAGCAUAAAAUGAUGAAUUCCUAUUUAAAAUUGUACCAAUCUGGUUAUUGGACUUUAUCUUAUAAUGCGAUUACUAAAAUGAUAAAAAUACAAAUUAGGUAUUUGAUCUGAUGUUGAAGAUAGUCAAUAACCGACCAUCAUUACCAACAGUUAUUAAAAGAGCAGAGCAAUGCCAACCUCGGUGGCUGCAUUUGGUCAGCCAGUGCUGUUAGAUUGUGUUGUACUGUUAUACUGUGAAAACUCCUGCAGAUGCCAUAACAUUUGUGCACUAGUAUACAAUAGAUACAGUCUGUCUUGGUCUGAUCUACAGAUUGCAGGUUUGAUUUGAUAGACAGAGAAAACAAUACUCAUCAUGUUUCACAUUUCUAUCAGGUUUCACCUUGUUUUUUUUUUUUUACAGAUAAUUUUUUUAAACUGUGUAUAAAAGACACAUUGAGAUCCUUACCACAUCGUUUUAAGGUGUAAAAAUGAUUUUGUAAUUCAGAAAGAUAAUUCUAUUCAAGGAAUAUGUAGUUUGGCAUUAGAUGGAUGUACAUCUAACUAAAUAUUUUUAACUUGCUAAUGCUAAAUUUUGAGUUAUAUACUGUGUCUCAAUAAUACCUAUAUGAGCAUUUGAAAAUAAAAGAUGAAAAAUCA